UUAGCAGAGGAAAAUAAGAACUGAGGUUCAAGUACAUCAUUAGCAGUGGCUUCCUAAUCUGGCUCUAUCAUGUGUUCUGGAGGUUAGCUUCCCUCUAACCAAAAGUCAUGGCCUCCAAGCAGAUGGUCCAUAUGAACCAAGGACAAGGGGAAAGAAGUUAUGCUCGCAACUCUGGUAUUCAGAACGCUCAGCAGAACAGGAUGAAGCUCCUGAUAGAAAGAGCCAUCAUAAAUUUAUGCAGCAGCAGCACCACCUUAUUACCUGACAAGAUGGUGAUCGCGGACUUGGGCUGUUCCUCUGGCCCAAACGCGCUAGCACUGGUGUCGGUCGCUGUCGAGGCGAUCCAUGAUUACUGUCUUCAGUUGCAGCAGCCACCACCGGAACUGUGUGUGUUCCUCAACGACCUGCCUGACAAUGACUUCAACACGGUGGUGAAGAGCCUCGUCACGCUCCGUCGAUGCGACGGGCCUGUUGUCGUGACGGGUAUUGCACCAGGGUCGUUCUACGAGAGACUCUUCACUAGUAGCUCCGUGCAUCUUGUGUGCUCGUCCAGUAGCCUGCACUGGCUGUCAAAGGCUCCUGAAGUUCUAACGAGGAACCAGAUCCCGGCUUACUACAUUGAUGAGCAUGCUAGGCGUGAGAAGCUCCCUAUGGUCCUUGGGGCAUAUGAACAACAGUUUAGGAAGGACUUCAGACAUUUCCUGGAGCUGAGAGCCAAAGAAUUAGUCCCGGGAGGACAGAUGGUUGUUUCUAUUAUAGGGAGGCAUUCUGAUGGCAUUGCGCACUUUCACAUCUGGGACAUUCUUGCUCAGGUUCUAAGCCUUAUGGCCUCAGAGGGUGUAAUCGACAAGGCAAAGUUUGAUUCCUUCUAUGUGCCAGUCUAUGGGACUUCGAAGGAAGAUAUAAGGGAGGUCAUCCAAGAAGAGGGGUCCUUUUCGAUCAAGGAGAUUCUGGUGCAUGACUUUUUAAGCGGCUUGGACAACACGCUCGUCACCCCAAGCUGGAUCGCCAACCAGAUAAGGGCCGUGUAUGAACAGAUAGUUGUGCAGCAUUUUGGAGAUGUGAUGGACGAAUUCGUGAGGAUCGCGGAGCGGCGCUGGGGCCUGGACAGAAGCUUGCUGCAGGAAGAGCAUGCCGGAUUAGCUAUGCUGACUCUGUCGGUCGCCAAGGCACGAUGAAUUGAUGACCGUGGCCGGUGGUGUGACUGCUUGCUUUCCCAAAGGACGGUGAGUUGGUGGCCGGUCUACCAACCUUUUAGAAGGCAACUUGUUUAGAAGGCAACUCCAUGUUUAUGGAUUGCUUCUCCUCUAUGUUUAUGGAUUUUACACAUUUCUAUUAUUCUGUUAUUUGAAUAUACUAUUUUAUAUAUUGUAAAAGUGCAUGACUUGUUUGUCCAAGUACAUGUUCAUGCCGCGACAUUAUUCUAGCUUUCAGUUAUUCAGGUCCGUGACUGUCACUGUAUUCUUAAUUUCUGUCCUUAAUCAUGCUCCUUACUCUGUUCCAUCAGCCCAGCUACUACACUGCAGUCCUGCAUAGUGAUCAGGAUCAGCGUUGGGCGAACGACUGGUUCGGCGAUGCCCUCAUAGUGCUUGAGCAAAUGCCAGAGUGUAAAAACGUGAAGAUGCUUCUCAGGUAAUCAAAAUCCUUCACCAAGCCAUCUCUGGACUGGGUAGUGGCUGACGUCCAUGGCGAUACCAAGCUGGGAGGAUGGGAGAAAUAGAGGAGGGGGGAGGAAGUAGUAUGCACUUACGUCUAGUUGGCUUGUUUAUUUUUGCUUUAAGAAAAAAAAUCGACUUGCUCAAAUAAUCUUUUCACUGUUUUAGCCAAGUAUUUGUCUUUUCUAUUUUCAUCCCACAAUGCAACCGAGGAUGACGCCCAAGGGUUACGUCCUAAAUUUCAGCAGAACUUCGACGUCAUCCUCAAAAAAUUUCCAAGUUUUGUCAUGACAUUUUGCCAUUUAUUUUCCUUGGGGCGCAUUCCUAUUCGAAGGCCGAAUGCUAGUUCAGUAUUUUUUUGCUUGAUGUAAAUGCAUUAGUUGCAAGGUUUUGGCUACCGGAUACAUGAUAAUGUUUGAUUAGUUAUUAAAUGUGUGAAAUGUUUGUUUUUUCCCAUUGGAUCUCACGCUUAGCGAGUUAGCCACAUCAGAACAGCAAGUCUGCUAAUCUCUAAAACAAAUGUUACCUCUGACAGUGAUAUGUUAUUACUAUUGGUUUUGUCACUGGAUCCCGUGCUGAACAGUUUAAACA